AUGACAGUCCUAGAGCUGACGAAGACGUCAAAUGACACGCUAAGGACAAUCUCUCCUGUUCCCACGAUGCUCAAAAACGAGAGUGGAUAUGUGGAGAAUAUUUUUGAAGGCAAAGCCGACCAAAUGAUCAAAGUUGCCAACUACAUCAAAGAGAAAGGCUUUAUUCCAGAAUCUCUGAUCGAAAAUGAGGUUGCUUGGUUAUACUCCAAUCUCGGCAUUGACGAUCAGUAUUUCGCGCUGGAGAGCGUCGAAGUGAUCGCAAAGCACGUUAUGGCUCUAUAUGGUGCCAAAAUUAACGCCUACAUCCGAGACGAGGACAAGGAAGGGUACGCCUCCUCUUCGCCUAGCGGAAUUCCCUCGGAGCACCAUCACAACAAUCAGCACCAGCACCAGCACCCUUCAAUGGUUGACAUCAAUUUAAAGCGCGAGUCGGAUGACAACGAUCGCGCCGUCUACAUCCACACAUCGAAACCGGGAGUGUCUACGGUUGUUGGCCCUCAAUAUGAAAAAAGAAUUGACACGCGAUAUCUCAACAUCUCGUCACGCAGAUGCUCGUAUCGAUUGGAGUCCUAUCGCUCUUUAGGCACCGUUUCCUACUCCUCCACUACACAAUUACGAUGCUACUUUGUUUCGAGGUGCCAAUGGGUUGACCCCGAUGUUUCUGAAACGGAAACCGACAUCAAAAAGGUCUCUGACAUCACAUUUCUGUCGAGAGCGACCGAAAAAACCCUCGACCUUUACCAAAAAGUUAUGCUCAACGUGCUCACGCGCACUGGGCCUGUCAUUGAGAUGUUUGAAAUUGAAGGCAUCCGCCAAAAGCGCUUGGUUAUCGGCUACCGCCAGCAAACUACGCUUAACCUCUUUUCGGCACUUUCAGAUCUUUACCACUAUUAUGGACUGUUCUCUUCUCGCAAGUAUGUCGAGCAAUUUGCAAAUGGAGUCACCAUCAUUACGCUCUAUCUCAAUCCGCUGAUGGACUCUGGCUCGAACCAUCACCUGGACGGAUCUCAUCCACCGCCACCGCCGAUUGAGCUGUCUAUUCUGCAGAUAAUGAAAGAAACUUCGCUCAUAUAUUGCCUCCCCACUACGCCGCUGCAAAGUCUGUUUCAAGAGGCAAAGCUUUCUGUGCAGGAGGCCAUUUACGGCUAUGUGGGUUUUGUGUUUGCGGGACACUUUCUCAACAGACUUGGGUCUGAGUUUGUCAGUCUGGCAUCCAUUGUUGACCAGAACAAUCCAGUGCACCUGGAUGUCCUUGCCAGGCUAAAAAAGCGAUUGCGCCAGGACACUUUUACCAGAGAGUAUGUGCUUGAUAUCAUCAAGCGCUAUCCUGUGCUCAUCCGCGCACUGUAUGUAAAUUUUGCAAUGGCGCAUUAUAUUGGCUCUUGCUCAGAAAAUUCAUUACAGCCUUCACUUUCGUUCCAGCGCCUGCAUAUGAACCAUGUGCUCAACGAGGAUGAAAUCAUUGAGUUGAUUCGCAGAACAGUCGUUAAUAACCACGAGUAUAUGGUUUUUGAGAGCUUGCUCACAUUUAAUCGCCACGUGCUCAAGACAAACUUUUAUCUGCAAACAAAAGUGGCGCUCUCAUUUCGUCUGGAUCCGGCAUUUGUGCCCCAGGGUGAGUAUCCGAUCCGCCCUUUCGGUCUUUUCCUAGUGAUUGGCUCCGAAUUCAAAGGCUUCCAUCUCCGUUUCAGAGACAUCGCUCGGGGAGGCAUUCGAAUCAUCAGAAGCAGAAACAGCGAGGCGUAUAGCAUCAAUUUCCGCUCGCUCUUUGACGAGAAUUAUUGGCUGGCAGCAACGCAGCAGCGCAAAAACAAAGACAUCCCAGAAGGUGGUUCCAAGGGCACCAUUUUGCUCAAUGUCGAUCAGCAGGAAAAAUCAGUGGUAGCUUUCCAAAAGUAUGUCGAUUCACUGCUCGACUUGGUCAUCAAUCCGGGCAAAUGCGGCCCCACAAACGAACGCAUCGUAGAUCACCUUGGUGCAGAGGAAAUCCUCUUCUUGGGCCCUGACGAGGGCAGUGCCGAGUACAUGGACUGGGCCUCUCAGCACGCUCAAAAGCGGGGCGCAUCCUUUUGGAAAGCAUUUACCACCGGUAAGUCUCAGAGUCUCGGCGGCAUUCCUCACGAUCUGUAUGGAAUGACGACACGCUCGGUGCACCAAUAUGUUUUGGGCAUAUAUCGUAAGCUCGGAUUGCGCGAAGAAUCGAUUCAAAAAAUACAAACAGGUGGGCCAGAUGGCGACCUUGGGUCAAAUGAAAUCAAAAUCUCUAACGAUCGUACGCUGGCCGUGGUGGACGGCUCUGGAGUGAUCUUCGACCCGGAUGGUCUCAAUCGCAGCGAGCUACUGCGAUUGGCAAAUGGACGGCAAAUGGUUACUUGCUUUGAUGAUAAAAAACUGGGUCCUCGCGGAGCCCGGAUCCUCAUCGAAGAUAAAGACGUGCGCUUACCAGACGGUCACAUUGUGGAGGACGGCUUGCGUUUCAGAAACGAAUUCCACUUGAGCGAAUACGCAGCUUGCGACCUUUUCGUGCCGUGUGGAGGACGCCCAGAGUCCGUGGAUGCCUCCAAUGUUACGUCCAUCUUGACCGGAGCUGGUGAGGAUGGUCGUUCUCCCAAGUGGAAAUAUGUGGUCGAGGGUGCAAAUCUCUUUUUUACCCAAGAGGCGCGUCUUGCUCUUGAGCGUGCAGGAGUCAUCAUUUUCAAAGACGCUUCGGCGAACAAGGGCGGCGUAACUUCAUCGUCUCUGGAAGUCCUGGCGGCGCUUUCGAUGACGGAUGCUGAAUUUUCGGAGCACAUGCAGAUGGGUAAAGACGGAUCCCUGCCUUCCUUUUACCAGGCGUAUGUGGCAGCGGUGCAUGCUGUCAUUGAGAAGAAUGCGCAACUUGAGUUCGAGGCGAUUUGGAGAGAAAAUAAGCGAACGGGAAUCUCGCGCUCGAUGCUGUCUGACGAAAUUUCGUUUGCCAUUGUGAAGCUCAAUGAGGAAUUGAGACAUACGUCAUUGUGGGAAAACUCCGCCCUACGUCGUCAUGUGCUUUCAGAGGCAAUGCCGAAACUGCUACUAGAUCUUGUCGGUCUAGACAAACUCAUGGAGCGGAUUCCAAUGGAAUACUUGCGGGCAAUCUUCGGAUCAUACCUUGCAUCGCGCUUUGUGUAUACGUACGGCAUCCAGCCAACGCAGUUUGCCUUUUUUGAAUUCAUGAGUCGCUAUUACGAAAAAAUUGCCGCCCUAGCUGCCAACCCCUAA